AUCACGAGCGAUCAAAACAAUAAACAAUCAAUAAAAGGCGGGAUUCCGUGUUCUCAUAAUUUUACAAAUAUGAGUAAAAAGUCAACGCGCUCUACGAAACUCAAGGCGGAUCCCGAUGCGGUGACACAGCAACAAGUAGCAUGUGCAACUAAGAAAGUUUUCUACAUAUCAGAAAAGCUGCUGGAUGCAAAAGAUGCCAAAGACGACCAGCGACUGUGUUUGGAGCAUUUCUAUCAUCCCGGCAAGGCGCGUCCGGCUUUGUUUGUAACAUUGCGGGAGCAUGCAAUAAUGGAGGUGCUGGAAUAUGCGGAGCCACGGCGCAGCUGGCUAAUGAACAGUGAAGUGUGCUCUAAUGGACGCACAUACAUGACGACACCGAUUGAUGCCACGCUGCUGGCACUGCAUCAUCUGCGCCGGCAUUGUUCCCAGCGGGCCAUGUCACUGGACAACAUUAGCGUGGAUGAGCCGGAUGCGAGCACACAUCGUUUGCUCACCAAAUUCGUCAGGGCCGAUGGGCUAAAGUGUGUGGCGGAUGUGAAGAAGUCCGGCGACCUUAUCUUCUACAAGUACAACUCGGACAGGGCGCUGGCUUGGCUCGCCCUGAAGACGCGACAAGUUGUGCUCGUGCUUAAGGCAAAACAGGUGCACUGCGGAUUGGGUGCCAAGUCGGAAAAUUAUGUGCGCAGCGAGAAACUGGUGGAGGAGAAUGAUGUCAAUGAAAUGGAUUAUAUGCGUAUGGCCUGCGACUAUGUUGGUCGCUAUUUGGAUGCUGAUUUGCAUGCUGAACUCACCCGCUAUUUGCACAUACCCAGCGAGAUUCAGGCUCUGGUCGAGGAGAAAGCCAACACGCAGAAGCGUAAAUCUCAGCAGGACGCUGCUGGUGCAAAUAGCAAAAAAAUUAAACUCGGCAAUGGCAAAGAAGAUGCGGCAAGUCAGCUACGAAAAAGCAGUCUGCUGGACAAUGAUGACAUCAAAGAGGAGAGCAAUAAGUCGCCCAGCACACCUGUGCCGCUCAAGGAGCGCAGCAUGUCAGCUAAGGAGAAGGCGCUGGCCAAGGGUGCCAAGGGUAGCAAAAGCAUUUCAUCCUUUUUCAAAGUCAAAUAGAUUUAAGCAUAAAUUGGUAUUCAUAUUAAGUUAACACUUAAACAAUUCGCUGUUCAGUAACCGUUUUUAUUAAUAUAUAAACAACAUGAUUAAAGUUCA